CAAUUUGACAAAAUAUGGCUUCGCGAGCAGUUGUUUUUCUUGUUCAGCAACUCACUGAACAUUUGUUUCUUCAUUAUCUCGUAAACAGAUACAUUCGUGCCAUUCAACCCAAGUGACUAUUGCACCCGGCCGUCAUUUCGCAUUUAUCAUCUCAGCAUGUCGCAAGCAGUUCGUCUUUUCAUCGGAAACUUGUCAUGGAAGACUUCUAGUGAAGGUUUAAAAAGAGCUUUUCAGAAUGCCAUUGGUGUAGAAGCAAGCGUUGUAAACGCACAUGUCGUAAUGGACAGGUAUUCAGGACGCUCAAGGGGAUUCGGUUUUGUAACUUUUGAAUCGCCUGAAGACGCUGCUUCAGCAGUAAAUCUACUCAAUGGAAAGGAACUUGAUGGUAGAGCUAUAAGAGUAGACUUGGCACACGAACGUGAAGAAAGUGCUCCUCGUCAACGGAGACAAAAAGAAGCAGACGAUGACUAUUUAUAACUGUUCUUUGGUUUAUUGCAAAGUUUAGUAAGAUAUUGUCGUCAUGGAAUAGACCAGGCACCGCUCUUUCGCGUUGUUUGUAGACAGUCAGUAUAGCAUAAAGAUGAAUGUUUUGAA